AGUAGAGAUUCGAUGAUGAUAUGGUCAAAAGACCUUUUCAACCCUGGUGAAAAGAAAUCAUCACAUCAUAGUCUUCAAAGCCAAAACCACAAAGAUCACAUGCUUUUGAAUUCUUCUAAUUCUAAAAUUAGACAGGAUUGGAUAUUCCAACGACGUUGUAUGUCAAGAGUUAUAAUGCAAGUUAUAUCAAUUUUAAAUGAAGACUAUUCGAUAAUGACGAAGAAAUAGAAGCGGAAAGAAUUGGAUGAAAUCGUGAAACAAUUGGAAGAAGAAAGGUAAAGAAGAUGGUUUGGUCUAGUCGGUUGAUAGCUUGAUUUUCGCUCCUUGGUCAUCGGCUCAAUUAUUUGUUGACAUCAAAUUAUCUUUUGAUUUUUAUUUGCGAAACGGAUAAAAACACGAUAAAUUGGCACUGGUUAGUUUCAAAUCGCUACCCCCAUCGGAUGUUCUCAAGGGUUAAUCAGUACACCUGUUGUGGGUAUGCAAUCUAUGUUAAGGAUUUCAAAGUAUCCUGAAUGUGAUUCAUCAAUUUUCUCACUUGCUUUCGGCUUACAUAAAUUGGUGAGACCAAAAACUUGGUGUCUCCCAUAACACUGAUUAUUUUAAAGGGGGAGAAAUUGAGUGCAAGUAUACAAUGUUUAAGUUAUGGUAUAAAAAGAUAUCCAUCCCAUCGGAUGUUCUUCAGUAGAAAACUUGUUUGCAAGAAAAUAAAAUAUUAUAAACACACCUAAUUUAUUUCUAUAACAUUCAUCGUAUCCAUCUUGUGCAAGUUAUUUGCGAGAUACUACUAAGAUUUAUGUCGAUAUCAUGAACUAUUACCUUUGUCCAAGUCAUCCACCGCAAUCUUUUGUUAGUUAAAGUCUUUUCAAACAACACACGGCAAAAUAGAAGAAACACUUCAGUUAUGAUUAAAAUCGACGAUUCAUUUGUCAUGUAAUUCAAAAGGCUAUAUCAUGUUGACAGUGGUGACACUGAUAUGACGUUUUCGUUUUUUGAUGGAGAACCAAGAGGCGAAAGGCCUUAUGGAAGAAACGUUGUAUACAUAUCCAUAUCUUAUCAUCAUAUCCAUCUUGUACAAGUUAUUUACGAGAUAUUAUUGAGAUUUAUGUUGAUAUCAUGAAUUUUUACCUCUGCCUAAGUCAUCCGCCAAAAUUAGGGGUGGGAAUAGGCGAGGUCAGGCCAGGCUUUGAUAGGCCUGAGCAUGGCCGACGAAUUUUUUUGCAAGCGUGAGCCUGGCCUAUGGCCUUUCAUGGGCCUAUUUUUUGGUCUGGUCUGGCCUAUUUAAAGGUCUGGCAUGGAAGCCUAUUUACAGGCCUACUUCAUAUUGAAGUCAUUAAAUAGGCUAAAUUGACCUUAAAGCCUAUUUCGCCGCAAGGCAUAUCUAUUGCUAUAAGGUCUUAAAAGCUUAUUUCACUAUAAGGCCUCAAAGCCUAUUUAAAAAGUCAAUUAUUUGAGUUUUUUCUUGAUUUUUAUGUUUAAUAUAAAUAAAAAAUAAAUUUUAAUAAUAUGUAUAAAUAGGUCAGCCUAUUAGGCUUAGUAGGCUUUUUUGAUAACCUAAGUUUGGCCUAUUACUUAAAUAGACUUUUUCAAAGCCUAAGCCUAGCCUUUUUCAUAAACAGGUCAGGCCAGGUCGUAGGCCCCUGUAGACCGGUCUGGCAUAUUCCCAACCCUAACCACAAUCUUUUGUUAGUUAAAGCCUUUUCAAACGGCACAUGACAAAAUUGAAUAAACACUUCAGCUAGGAUUGAAAUCGACAAUUCGUUUGUCAUGUAAUUCAAAUGGUUGUAUCAUGUUGGUGGUGGUGAUACUGAUCUGAAGUUUCCGUUUUCCAAGAGGCAAAAGGUCUUUUGGAAGAAACGUCUUAUACAUAUCCAUAUCUUAUCGAAAGUGGUAAACGUAAAUUCGUCAUCGAUGAUGAGCACAACAAGAAUAAACAAGAACACAAGUUAUCUUCCCAAUCUUGAUGGUGAAUCCAUCAAUGUUUGGUUUGAUUGAAGUGAUUGAAACUAAAUCGAUUAUGUUUCUGAAACUGAAGAAAACAAUUUGAUCUUUAAAGCUUGUUUGUGCAAUUGAAGAUUUUAGAAUUUUUCGUAUGAAGGUGUUGAAAACUUCAUCACCAUCGAACUACUCUUCAUCUUUUUCUAGUAUGAAAGAGGAAAAAAUAAUAUUCAUAGUUGGAUAUUACGAAUCAGAGAAUAUCUUGGUUCUAGAUCUAAUAAAAUGGAAAGAUAGAGAAAAUACUACUCUCGAGGAGUCAUUGUAAUUGAUAAAAGAUAUGAAAUGAUACAAUGAGUGUUCCUAUUUAUACAACUAGUUGGUCUAACUUACUUCCUAACCAAAUUUACUAAUCUGACCAACUAACUAUACUAAUGAAUCUAACUAAUAAACUAUAUUGAAUCAAUAAAGACGGAAAAAAAAAUUGAAUGAUUUAACGACGAGUGUUAGAAACAUACUCCUUACCAUGUUUUUUACAUUACACUGUUUGAUUGGUUAAAAUGUAUAUAGAACCCAUCAAAUUAUGUGGAUUUCAUAUAAUUUGAUGGAAAUUCAUAUGAAUUAUAAUCAAUAAAAAAAAUGUGUUAAAGAAUAUGUCGCUAACAUUAUUCAUAACUUAACAAUAUCAUGAAUAUUCUAUAUAUCUAUCACUUGUGCUGUGGUGGUUUUUAGUUUUAAAAUAAUAACAAAUUGUUAAGUUGAAAAUAAAGGAUAAAAACUUUAGUGGAGGUUGAUGUCCAUUACUGAUUUUGAGGAGUGUGUCUCUCAUUAAGCCUCAUAGGAAAUUAGUGUAAGUUCCUUUUGGUGUAUUUAGUUAAACAUAGACAAAGUUUGUUGUAUAUAGUUAAGCAUGAACAACAAAGUGUUCGUUGGAUAAUCAUUUGGUGACAAAUCUAUGAUCCAAUAGAGUAAGUUGUUCCUUUUCGAGCUCCUAGGAAAUAAUUUAGGAGGAAUUUAAUGGUAUGAACAUGCAGAUUCGUGCUAGUUUCUCUUUCUCCUUGCAGAAUCGGUUACUAGAAAAAAGAGAGAAAAAAAAAAUAAGUGAUGAGGUGGCUCCAAUAGAAGAGAGUGUGUCCAAAGAGUGUGUUAGAGGGUGUGACCCUAGCAUUCCUCUUGCUAAAUAACUAAUACCGGUGAAGGUGCCAAGUUGAUCAUUUAAAUGGUUAAUUACUUUAAAAUAUAGUUAAUUGUAGUUUUUGUCCCCAAAAUUUAUCACACUUCUCAAAAUAAUACCGUGAUUUUAAAAUCAAACUUCUGACCACUCAAAUAGGUUUGGUCGCAACUUAGGUUUUUGACUCAUAAAAUGGUGAUUUAUUGCCCUCGUUGUAAAUUUAAAGAGAAAAUACCACUUGUUUUGUGUGUGUGUGGUGACUCCAAACAUUAUUUGUAAUGCCACCAUUCAUAUUAUGGACUGCUCCAUAUUAUAUAUUGCAAAACCAUUCUCAAACAUGUUAGAUUAUAUAAUCUAAAACAUGCGUAGACUUUGUUAAAACUUGAGCUUUAGAGGGUUUGAUUGAGUUCAAAUUAUAAUAUGAACCCUCUUCAUAAGACAACAAAUUGAAGAAAAAAAAAAUCAUUAAAUCAAAUUCAACAACAAUAACAUACGUUAAACAUAACAAUUUCAACAACAUGAUUACAACAAUAGACUUUCAACAACAUAAUUUAAAAACGUAGAUCGAUCAAACUUAAUUCUUCAUCUGGUAUAUCCGUGCAACCCCUGAUUUCUUCGUAGGUUCUGGCUAAACUAAACUUUUCAUAUUAUUUCCGUAAGAUAUGAUCAAGGAAGCGACUAACUCGAUCGUUCCCUUCGAGCUAUGGUGACCAAAUAUAUAGAACAUGGUUCAGAUGGUGGGGGAGAAGGGGAUUGAGGUAAGAUAUGUUUAUUGUCUAAUGCGAAAAAGACUUUCAAUUUCAACCUUCUACACAAACAACCUGCACUUCUUUGCAUUGUGUUGCCAUCUCCAUUGAUUGUUCAUACAAUCCCUAAAAUUUUUAAAGAGGCCUCUUUCUAUGAAAAGCCAAGAAUGGAAAAACAUUGUUGCUGUAGAAGGAAGAGGAUGAGAGAAUGAGGAGGGGAGAAUGUGAGAAAUGGUUAAAGUUGGAAGAGUAUUUAUAAGGGGAAUGCAAGCCUAUGUUGUAUUUAACCAUUAUGAUGGGUCAAAAACGUGGUAAAUCAUCUGACCACCGGCCAAACCGUCCAAAAAACGUGACAAAUGUGGUGAAGAAAGGUGUGUGACUUAACUCACGCUGCGUGAGUUAAUUCACGCAAGGGUACUUUGACCAUUUUAGUUGGGAAUGAACAAAACUUAUCGGGAGAAGAGCAUUUUUCUCUUUGGAUUUGUUUGUUAUUGGACUUGCUUUGUAGGCCAAUUAGGUUGACUACAACCACUACAAAAGUACUCUUUUUUUACCUAACUCAUGUCUUCUUUGUGAACCAAUGCUACAUCCUUCCUUUAGCUUUUUCAUUUGUCAUGGGCGCCUAUCCUUGAUCUGGUUGCGAUGCUUGUGAAUCCUCGGAUGUAACAAGACAUGAAAAAUAUGUCUUAGGGUUGAUUAAUGUUAGAUACACGAUGAUAUGGUUAAAAGAUAAAACUUUCAAACCUUGUGAGGAGAAGUCAUCACAUCAUAUUUUUCAAAAUCAAAAGCACAAAGAUCAAGUGGUUUUGACUUCUAGUUCUAAAGAUCCACCGAAGAGGAAGUUUAACCAAUACAUAAAUGAUGGUAAUUGCGCUACUAGUUUUGAACUCAUCGGUAAAGAGAAAUAUAGUGGUGAAAAUGCCAAAGAUCAAAGAAAGAACUCAUCUCAUUCUCUAUCAUGUUAUGCGCUACCGGAUGGAACACAAGAAUAUGUUUCCCCUUCUAUAAAUGACAAUGCAAAAUUUUGUGGUAUUUCUACACAAGACUAUUCUCACCUAAGUGACUUUGAUGAUUCUAUUAAGGGGUCUAGUUACCUUGUGAAUCAAGAAAGCUUUAAUAUCCAUGCUAGAGAUUUAAUGGUGAGUAAUCGAUAUUUGUAUGGUAUCGAGACAUCAAUAGAGGAGAAAUCAAAAGAGGAAGACAUGGAAGUCAUUAACUCGCUCAAGAACUUUUUACCUUCUAGGGGUAACCAUCUUCCAAGACCAGUUAUUCCCAUCGGACCUAGGUUUCAAGCUGAAGUUCGUAAAUGGGGUGGUAUAGCCAACAUAAAACAAUAUAAUAGUGAUGAUAGUUUGAAGUGGUUGGGCACCCAAAUUUGGCCAAUGCCAAAUGCAUGUAAAACCAAUGCAAAAGGUAUCGGAGAUGAUAUGCUUAACUCAUGCAUGUGCGACAAUCCUGAAUUAGUUAAUUGUGUUAAAAAACGCAUCGGUGAAGCUAUAGAAUGCUUAAAAUCGGAGAUUGAUACCGGUUAUUCAAGUCGGAAGUUUGAUGACAUAGAAGAAUAUGCUUUAAAAUCAUGGACAGUGGAAGAGCAAAAGAAAUUUGAAUCUCUAAAGAAAUUGAAUCUGCUAUCAAGUUACACAAAAUUUUCGAAGCUCAUCAUGGAGUACUUUCCAUCCCAAUCUAUGACAAGCAUGAUGAAUUACUAUUAUAAUGUAUACAUCCCUAGAUGUAUGAGUAUAGAGACAAGAUCUAUCUUAGGUGCAGUUGAUCGUGAAUCAAAAUUGAAUUAGCAUGUUCAUCUAAAGGUAUGAACUAUGAUUCCAAUUAGCAAAAGAAUUCAUAUUAUUUGUGCUUAGACAUGGCGGAAAGACGGUCACUAUAUUUUAUGU